AAACAAAACAAAACAAAAUUUCCAAACUCUGACACCGAAAAAGUCUUUAAAAAUCUCCGUGUAGCUGGAAAGUUAUCGAAAAUAGUUUAAGAAAGUCAAGCAAAUUAUUUUUUAUUGAUUUAUUGGUCGCCUACGUAAGCUGUCGUUGAAUGUCUGGCAAUUAAAAUAACGUCUUUCUGAAAUAUGAGCUCGAAUAACAUCUUAAAGCGCUAUUUUUGCCGCUUGAUCGACGAAAAUCAACCAGAAUUAAGCGAAUCGACAGUUUGUUGUGUGAAAUGUCAUCAACACGGAAAGAUUAGAAGAUUUGAUGCCUCUGCCGAGACUCUCCAACACGAUCACUUGUUCGAAUUUCACGCAAUUAUCGGAAAUCAACCCACAGAGUACAUUCUUGGCACAGAAUUACUCGAAUCGCAUCACCCCGAAGACGAAAUUGUCGAUGAGGAUGACGGCGAAAUCGGUCAAAUUCAGUAUACGGACGAAGAUGUUGUCGAAGUUGAGUUUGUUCAGCAAAGCAUCGAUGGCGAAGAGAUCAUCCAAGAAGCGAAUGACGCAAAAGACGCCUCAAUUGUGCGACAUUCGGGCGUUUGGAACUAUUUUGAGGAAAAUACAGCGGAGCAAAAGGUUCAUUGCUUGUUGUGUCGCCAAAAUAACGUGAGUCACAGCUACAGCACGAACAGCAGCACGUCAAAUUUGCGAAAACAUCUGAAGACGGCGCACGAAAUCGAGGUCGAAAACUACAAACCACUCAUGCGAAAGGGAAAAAAUGACGAAAAACGAGGAUACGGGAUUAGCAGAGUGUGGAAAUACUUUUGCAAAGUCAAGAAAAAUGGAGAAAUUCAAGAUAAGGACUACGUUUAUUGCGCGGAAUGCUUGAAAAAAGGCACGCAACAUCGCUACAAGCAAACGAGCAGUACAGGAACGCUUCGUCAACACUUAAGAUCGCAACAUGAUAUUGACUUGGAUGUCGGGCGGGAGUAUUGUGAGACUGCCCAAAUGGUUAAUAUCGAAAAUAUCGUCGCUGUUGGACUUGAAGCAAGUCCCGUAAAAAUGCACCGAAAAGGCAAAACAAAGAAACUCAGUUCAGCUCGUUCGUAUUACAGCGACGUGCCAGAUGACGACGAAUACGUUUAUUGCACUCUUUGUUCCGCCGAGAACCGAGUUCACAAAUAUCGCAAGUCGACGUCGUCGUCAACGCUUAAAACGCAUCUCGUGCAAAAGCAUGAAAUCGAUCCGGAUGCCGAAGAAGCGGAAAAUAGCAAGAAAAAUAUCGAAGAAGGGGAAAUUCUUGAUGGCACGGAAGCCGUUGUUGAAGUUUACAGCUUCGAUGAGGAAAUUCUCGAGCGAGCACAGAAAAUCACAUCAAUCAAAACGCGUAAAAUUCGAACUUAUUUCUUCCGACUUGAGGAUGAGGAGGUUUUUUGUUGCGCUUUUUGCAUUUUGGAUGGUAUUAAAAAGGCCUACAAGCCAACGACAUCGACUUCGGGGCUUCGGAGACACUUGAUGUCGGCACAUCAACUUGAUCCGCUGGGGUAUUUCAAGAGCGAAGGUGACACGGAAGUCACGCUGAACGAAGAACAGAUCGCGGAAAGUAUCGCUGGCAAGAAUAAAGCGAAAGAAUCCGACGUUUGGAAGUAUUUUUGUAAGAAAGAAGUCAUGAAAGAGGAUUCGUCCUUUGAAAUUGAUGAAAAUUAUAUUUAUUGCUCUCUCUGUUGGAACGGACCAACGCGACAAAUUCACAAAUAUAAGACAACAACGUCUUCCGGGGCGCUAAAAAGACAUUUAGCAUCGCGACAUGGACUGCAAAUCCUCAAUCGGAGAGUAAGAUCGAUGACAAAUACGACAAAAACUGAUGCCGAAGAGACGCAGGAGGAAGAUCACAUCAUCGAAGAAGAAGAACAGCAACAAGAAGAAGUCUUUUACGAAGAAGUCGAAGUCGUUUCGCAACAAAAAUCACAAAAUCCGCCAACAAUUGUGAGAAAACCUCAACCAAAUCCGAUAAAACUCCCGAAAUAUUGUCGUUCAUGCGGUAAAACCGACGCUGGAUUCUUCACAAAACUCACAGCAGUAUUCGACGAUGCCGAUUGCAACGACGAAAAUCCCGAGCAAAUCUCCCUUUCGGAACUUUACUUCCAAAUCACAGGCAUUCGCGUUCGCCCCGACGACGGAAUGUCCCAACUCGUGUGUUACCUUUGCGAAGCGAAUCUCAAGUCAGCCUACAAGUUCCGGAAAAUAGCUUUGGAAACGGAAAACGACAUGAUACAAAAACUUUUUGGCGACCAAACGGAAACCGAUGACUACGAAGUACUCGAGGAAGUUUAUCUGGAUGACGAAGAUCCGCCCGACGAUAAAGUCGUGUAUCGAAAAGUCACGCAACACCCGGGAAAAAGUCAAAAAUUCAUCACAGUAAUAUCAAAAAGACACGAAAAACUACCGGAAGAAGAUCAGGAAAUAACGUUGGCGAAUUAUGAGACGGCAGAUGGACAAGAAAUUGAGUAUGAAGAAGAGUAUUCGGCAUCGAUGUCGAAACGGAAAAAGAACGAAGGGUUGAUGGAUGAGAUGUUUUGGGAUGGAUAUGAAGUGAAAAAUGAUGCGGCGAAAAGGCAAAAACGGAUAUCAAGUGAAAAAAAUAAAGUAUUUCAAACAUUUUCGCAUGCGACGAAGCAAGAAGCGGCAUGCGAUAUUGAUGAAUGAACUUAGAGUAAUUAUUUAUUAUUUUUAAGAUUUUUUAAAUAAAAAUUUA